UUGAUUUUCCUAAUGGUUUUUCUACUAUAAAUCGCAUUUAUACUUUAAUGUAUCUGUAAUCCGCACUUGUUUUUGCGAACUUCGAUCUGGGUUCUCGUUAAAUUUCCUUGUCUUGGUCAAUUAAGCUUUUUAAUGGGAAUGCUGAUCUGGCUUCUAUCGCACCGUAGUUUUUCUGCUGUUAGCCGGUGUUUUGAUGUGAAAUUCUGAUCUGGGUCUGCUGAAUUAUGGGAAAAAUGGCUGAAGAGAAGAUUAACAAACCCUUGAUCCAAACACCAACAAGAAGCCUACCUGAUUUCAAGAAGUCUGUGAAGCUAAAGUAUGUGAAGCUUGGAUAUCAUUACCUCAUAACCCAUGGAAUGUUUCUAUUCCUUUCCCCCCUUGUAGUUGUGAUUGCUGCUCAGAUUUCAACUUUUUCUCUCCAAGAUCUCUACAAUCUUUGGGAGCAUCUCCAAUACAACCUAAUUUCGGUUAUUAUCUGCUCAACGCUCCUUGUUUUUCUAGUGACCCUAUACUUUCUUACUCGCCCUCGUGCUGUGUACCUUGUUAACUUUUCAUGCUACAAGCCUGAAGAAUCUCGAAAAUGUACCAAAAAGGUCUUUAUGGAUCAAUCCCGGAUGACUGGUACAUUUACAGAGGAGAAUCUAGAGUUUCAGCGUAAGAUUCUUGAACGAUCUGGACUCGGAGAAUCAACUUAUCUCCCAGAGGCUGUCCUCAAUAUCCCUCCUAACCCAUCAAUGAAAGAAGCUCGAAAAGAAGCUGAGGCGGUAAUGUAUGGUGCCAUAGAUGAGCUUUUGGCUAAGACUGGUGUGAAACCAAAAGAUAUUGGGAUUUUAGUUGUCAAUUGUAGUUUGUUCAAUCCAACCCCAUCUCUUUCUGCCAUGGUUGUUAACCAUUACAAGCUCAGAGGAAAUAUACUUAGCUAUAAUUUGGGAGGAAUGGGUUGCAGUGCAGGUCUCAUUUCAAUUGAUCUUGCCAGAAAUCUUCUACAGGUUCAACCAAACACAUAUGCAUUGGUUAUCAGCAUGGAGAAUAUCACAUUAAAUUGGUACUUUGGCAAUGAUAGAUCAAAGCUUGUUUCUAAUUGUCUCUUUAGAAUGGGAGGCGCUGCAGUAUUGCUGUCGAACAAAUGGUCUGACAGAAGAAGAUCCAAAUACCAAUUGGUCCACACUGUCCGCACACACAAGGGAGCUGAUGACAAAUGCUUCGGCUGUGUCACCCAAGAGGAGGACUCCACUGGGAAGAUCGGUGUAACUCUCUCAAAGGACCUCAUGGCUGUUGCAGGUGAUGCUUUGAAAACCAACAUCACCACCUUGGGACCUUUGGUGCUGCCAAUGUCCGAACAGCUUCUAUUCUUUGGUACAUUGGUUGGAAAGAAGCUUUUUAAGAUGAAGGUCAAGCCUUACAUCCCAGAUUUCAAACUAGCUUUUGAGCAUUUCUGCAUUCACGCCGGGGGAAGAGCUGUUUUGGAUGAAUUGGAGAAGAACUUGCAGUUGUCAGAUUGGCACAUGGAGCCGUCAAGGAUGACACUCUACCGAUUUGGAAACACCUCUAGCAGUUCUCUAUGGUAUGAAUUGGCCUAUGCAGAAGCGAAGGGAAGGAUGAAGAGGGGCGAUAGGAUUUGGCAAAUAGCUUUUGGUUCAGGUUUCAAGUGUAACAGUGCAGUGUGGAAAGCUGUAAGGACCAUAAACCCAGAAAAGGAGAAGAACCCAUGGAUGGAUGAGAUCGAUCAGUUCCCAGUUGAUGUUCCUAAGGUAUCAAGAAUUUAGACUUUCAAAUCAAUCGCCACGUCAUUAACUGGCAAAAUUCUUUCAUAAGUCAGGUUUAGAAUCAACAUGACUUUGCAUUGUUCAGAUUGUAGGAAUUUUUAUCUGUGUAUGAGUGAUGUCUGGAUGGGCUAGAUAUCUUGUUUAAUCUUUUGGUGGGUAAGGGGCGUGUUUGGCUCUCGAAAACUUGGACGGGAUUUAAUUGGUUUAGUCUUGGGGGAAGGAUUUGCUUAUGUCAAGUGACAGUUGCUUUUGAGGGAAGAUAACUCUCAUUUGAAAUGUAGACUAGAUUAUGGAGCUUCCUAUUCUAAUGAAGUUUUAUGAGUUGAGAGUCAUCA